ACAAUUGGCAAAUCUCUAUUAAUAACGUGAAACUACAAGAAAUCACGGUCUAGGACAAGACAAUAAUUAUCCUAGUCUGUGAAAAUAUUAUUGUUUAUGAUUGAACUCUGAGAUCCGAUUAUUAAUUACUAUUGAUAAACCGUAAACGAUAGAGUAAUUAAUUUAAAUGUUGAUAAACGAUUGGUGGAGUCGUGGAGAAUAAAAAGUGUAUCCAAUUUCAAGGGCGACUCAUUUUUCAACGUAUAGAAGGGUUUAAUUUAUAUUAAUUUUACGACGAGUAUAUCUAAAAUUUCUUUGUUAGCCAAGUCACAUUCUACGAUUCCGUUGAUCUGAAAAAAAAGAAGUUAACUAAAUAGUCAUUAGUAAACCAAACAAAAUGAGUUUAAAAAUCAUACAAAACAGUUUUACGACUUCCAAGGUUUUAUUCAAACAAAUGAAUCCACUUUGGCCAUGUUCAAAAAUAAUAUCCAACAGAUGCAGUACUACAGCAACGGAAACACCUAUUGAUUUUGACAACUUAAAAACUAUGAAAGAGAUCAGAGAAAAACUUAACAAUAUGAUGGGCUUAUCUGGGAAGUACGAACAAGAAGACAGAAGUUGGUUGUUAGAGCACUUGCCGAAAGCCCGAGAUGAGUUACCGACCCGCACGAUGAGUGACAGUUUCGAUAGGGCCAAAGUACCGUUGAGUAGUGACAUAAUGUUACAAAACAAGUACACAACUACUUAUAACAGUUUAAGACUUGGCAGGCUGUUGGAAGACAUGGAUUCGUUUGCGGUAUGGAUUGUAUUGAAGCAUAUUUACAAUCCAAAAAUUCCUAAUGACGUACCAAUUCCAUACGUUGUUGUCACUUUACUAGUGGACGAUGUUAUCAUCAGCCCCGAACGAUAUCCUGACAGAGAUUUAAUAUUCAGUGGACUUGUAUCUUAUGUUGGGAAAACGUCAAUGGAAGUUACCCUGUGGUUGGAACAGCUUCACGAUAAUAAAUUAAAAAGAAUCACAAAAGCUAACUUCGUAUUUGUGGCCAGAGAUUCCACAAAUCGAUUGUCAGUUCCAGUAAACUCGCUUGAGCCAAAUGGAGAGUACGAGAAAAAUCUUAUGCAUCUGUCAUUAAAAAGAAAUGAAGAAAGAAAAAAAGCUCGCCAAGACUCGAUCUUAAAUAAAAUGCCGACUCCUGAAGAACAAUCACUGAUUUACGAAACUUUUUUAAAAACUGUCAAUGUGAACGAACCGAUGUUGGGUAACAAAAUUCUUCCACCGGGCAGUGUGUGGAUGAAUGAUACUCAAAUAGAAACCAAUAUUCUUUGCCAUCCCGAAGAUAAAAAUUUACACAACACCAUCUUUGGUGGCUAUUUGAUGCGUGUUGCUACUGAACUCGCCUUCCUAGUAGCGAGUGUUCAUGGUAAAACCAGAGUUUCAUCGAGAGCGAUUAAUAGUAUUACAUUCCGCAAUCCUGUUCCAAUUGGUAGCCGGCUAAAACUAAUUGGAAAAAUUUGCUACACUAGUGAAAAUAUAAUGAUAGUAGAAGUUAUAGCUAAAGUCGAAAACAUAGAAAUGAAGAAGAGUUUAACUACAAAUUCGUUUUACAACGUUUUCGUCACCCCAAACAAUGUUGCUCCUGUGUUACCUCAAAGCUAUCACGACGCCAUGCUUUAUCUCGAUGGUCGCCGAAGAUAUUUAGAUGUCUACAAUUCUUUGUGAACAAAGUUAUGUGCAAUUAAAUCUAUAUUUAUUUAGUUUAACAAAACAUUGAACAACACAUUGACUUAAUAUCACUAUUUUGCUUACAAACUAUGUUUUACCCUUUUAAUGUAUUACAAUAUUAUUUAACAACAGGCUAUUUUUUACUAGGCUAUAAUUCAAAAACCAAAAUUUAGAUUUAAUACUUUCUUCAAUGGCCUAAAGUUUAAGCUUGUACAUUAUUGGAAUAAUAACUGAUCAUUUUAAACUAACAUAAUUCUUAAAUCUAUAAAUAACUUUCAUCCUCGCUCGAAGACAUGUCUGAAAAAUGUUCCAAUUGCUCUAACCACCAUUCAUGUAUUUCUUUUACGGCACUAGACACUUUGGAUGUAUUAGUUUUUGUUUCACGCGUUGCAGAAGUUGAGGAUACAUUCAGAUUUGACAUAUUCAAAGGUUUCAAAUUUCUGUACGAAGCUUUACGAUUCCUAUCUUUGUCGGACGGGUCUGAUAGCGUGGGCGUUAAAUAUCUACGCCCUGAACUGCUUCCAACACUAUCGGAACGAGUUAUUCCUGUAGUCGACUUCAGCUUUGAACGACUCACGUCAAUCUAAAGGGAAUAAUUAAAUUGUUUAAUAAUAAUUGUACUUUGAUUUGUCCAAGACAACCACAUGUUAACAAAUAUUGUCUGUAAAUAUUAAGUAUUAACCUGUUGUCUUAAAAAAUAAUAAAUUAACAUACUUUUAUAUCUUUGUCGUCAGGUUCCUUAUCUUUGUUGGCCACUUGUUUCU